AUGGAGAGCAAGAAAACAGAGCUGGAUCCAUCCAGGAUGUUGCUGCUAUCUGAAGGACUGAUGUCGAAUUCAGGAACCCAGCGAGGAGAGAAAGGAAGAGGGAUCACCAGGGCCUUCUUCAGGUCAUCCACUUCCUACCAUGGUCGGGGCUUCCAGGCUGCGCAUGGCCGCCUGCAGGGCAGGGUGGCCGGUGCGGGCCCGGGGCGGGGCUCCCGGAGCCGUGUGUUAGGCCCGCGGUUCGGAUCUCUAGGACACGCGGGCCCCGGCGCUACCGUGGUCUUUGACCCACAGGCUUACAGGCUUACAGGCUUACAGGACCAUCUCAGCUGGCAGGCAUCGCCCCCUGCCCCUAAUUCCUUAGGCCUUCACCAAGCUUUUUCCACACAGCCAUCCAGACUGAGGAAGACCCGGAAACUUCGGGGCCACGUGAGCCACGGCCACGGCCGCAUAGGCAAGCACCGGAAGCAUCCCGGCGGCCGCGGUAAUGCUGGUGGUCUGCAUCACCACCGGAUCAACUUUGACAAAUACCACCCAGGCUACUUUGGGAAAGUUGGUAUGAAGCAUUACCACUUAAAGAGGAACCAGAGCUUCUGCCCAACUGUCAACCUUGACAAAUUGUGGACUUUGGUCAGUGAACAGACACGGGUGAAUGCUGCUAAAAACAAGACUGGGGCUGCUCCCAUCAUUGAUGUGGUGCGAUCGGGCUACUACAAAGUUCUGGGAAAGGGAAAGCUCCCAAAGCAGCCUGUCAUCGUGAAGGCCAAAUUCUUCAGCAGAAGAGCUGAGGAGAAGAUUAAGAGUGUUGGGGGGGCCUGUGUCCUGGUGGCUUGAAGCCCCAUGGAGGGAGUUUUCAUUAAAUGCUAACUACUUUUUC